UUACUUUGCUCAAAAACCAACCACCAUGUCUAUAAGGGUUUAGAGUUGUCCUUCAGAUUUAAGUUAGCAGCAUAAAUAUAAAAAUGUAUGUCAGUAAAAUGGUAAAUAGAGAGUUUUGAGGGUUAAGAAAAAGAGCAGUAAAUUAGGACCACCGACGAAGAAGAAGAGGACCGGACGUGACGUCAAAGUCAUGUCGCCAAAACAACCGGUGCGCAGCGUCUGGUGUUAUGAAAGCUUUUGAGUGAAAUGUUGGAUAACUGCUGUUUCCUUUACUCUUACACAACUAUCCGUGGUUGCAGCAUCAUGUGGAGAGCUGAGGGACUUCCGGUCGUCUAGAUUAGCCAAAAUACUUUUUUAGGAAAAGUGUUUUUGAUUGAGAAAAGUGACAGAAAAGACAGAGACGGCAUGGCAAAGCGGAGAGAGUGUGCCGAGACACCUGCAGAUACAAAGAAAUUGAAGCUGAAGGCAAAGAGCAGCGGAGCGAAGGCAAGAGCUAAGAAGACUGAUGCAGAGAAAGAGGAGAAGAUUGAGAGGAAAGUCAAAUCCAAACCACGUUCCUCCACAAAACGAGCUGGAAGGAACAUCUCUUCUACCACAUCCUCCUCCGCCAGUGCUGUCAAAACCAGUAAAUACUUCCUGUCACCAGGGAAGGAGGAGGAAGCUGACAGUGAAGAUGACUUUGACAUGGUGACCUCAAAAGCACCUGUGGUUACGGUGAACGCCAAGAAACCAUUGAAGGAAGAAGAAGAGGAUGAGGAGGAGGACAGUGAGGAAGACGAGGAUGAUUGGGAGGAAGUGGAAGAGUUGGCUGAGCCUCUGGGUCCAGUGGAGCCAGCAGAACCCGUCCUGCCCUCUCAACCAGUGGAGAUCGAGAUCGAGUCUCCAGAAGUCAGGAAAAAGCAGAAGAGGCAGGCUGAGUUCGAGGCGUAUCUGAGGCGAAUGAUGAACCGAUUCAAGAAGGACGUGCUGGCAGACACGCACAAGGUCCACCUGAUGUGCCUGAUAGCCAGUGGGAUGUUUCGCAACCGUCUGUGCAGUGAGCCAGACCUGCUGGCCAUCACUCUGUCGCUGCUGCCUGCCCACUUCAGCGUGGUCGCCAAAGAACGCAUCGACCAAAACUACAUAUCUGGACUGCUCAAAUGGUUCAGAGCAACAUUCACCCUCAACUCCAGUCUUCCCUGUGAGGAGCGUCCAGACCCGCGGGCUCUGAUGGAGAGGCGGCUGGCCAGCCUUUCAGCGAGAAACCACCAGGAGAUGACUCAUCUGUUCUUGUUGGUCCUGAGGUCUCUGCAGCUCUUCUGCCGCUUGGUACUUUCUCUGCAGCCGAUCCCUCUCAAACCCCCGUCAGCCAAGGGCAAAGGGGCUAAAACAUCUUCUGGUGCCCAAGGAAAGAACCAGGGAACAUCCAAGACCAGCCCACAGGAGCCGAAGGUGUCUCCUGGCACCAAGAGAGCAGCUGGAGGAGGGAAGGGAGACAGAGGAGGAAAGAAAGCUAAGAGGAAGGAAAUAAAAGACGAGGAUGAGGGGGAAGAGGAGGAGGCUCCAACAUCAGGGCGGCAGAAACCGAAGAACUCAAAACGCCGCAGCGUCGCCUCAAAGGUCAGCUACAAGGAAGAGAGCAACAGUGAAGGGGAAAAGGAGGACAAGUGGCUCAGUGAUGAGGAGGAUUUUCAGGUGACCAGUGAGGAAAACAGUGAAGAUUCAGAGGGUGGGGCCAAAUCUAAAAAGGGGACGAAGGGGAAAGGGAGGAGCAAAGCUAAAGUGACCACAGCCCCAAAGAGAAAGAGCGGGGGAGGGAAAAAACAGGUGAAAAACGAAGAUGAGUGUGAAGAAGGAGAAGAUGGUGAUGAAGAAGAAAGAACGACGAGCAACGGAAACAAGCGAAGGAGUGGGAACAAGAGAGAGGGGCCUGGAGCCGACGAGUGGUUGGAGGUGUUUCUGGAAAAAACAUCCUCCUGGGUUUGCGUAGACGUGGAACACGGUGUCGGGAUGCCUCAUCUCUGCUCCCAGAAUGCAACAGCGCCGGUGACGUACGUGGUGUCAGUGGACGGGGAUGGGUUUCUGAAGGACCUGGGAAGGAAGUACGACCCCACCUGGAUGACGUCAUCUAGGAAGAGAAGGGUAGAAGAAGAGUGGUGGGAGGACACGCUCGAGCCGUUCCUGGGACCAGAGGAUGAGAGGGACACGAAGGAGGACAAGGAGAUCCAGAACAGGCUGCUGAACAAACCGCUGCCCAUCUCUAUAGCGGAGUAUAAAAACCACCCGCUGUACGCUCUAAAGAGACACAUGCUGAAAUACGAAGCCAUUUACCCCCCCACAGCCACAGUACUGGGAUACUGCCGAGGAGAGCCAGUGUACUCCAGGGAUUGUGUGCACACCCUCCACUCCAGAGACACGUGGCUGAAAGAAGCACAAACUGUCAGACUAGGAGAAGAGCCAUAUAAGAUGGUGAAGGGCUUCUCUAAUCGUUCCCGUAAGGCCAGGAUGAUGUCUGAGAUGAAGAACGAGAACGACCUGGCUCUGUUUGGAGAAUGGCAGACUGAGAAGUACCAACCGCCUAUAGCUGUGGACGGAAAGGUUCCCCGUAACGACUACGGUAACGUCUACCUGUUUAAGCCCUGUAUGUUACCGGUGGGCUGUGUUCAUGUCAGGCUGCCCAACCUGCACCGUGUGGCCAGGAAGCUGAACAUUGACGCCGCGCCUGCAGUCACAGGCUUCGACUUCCAUGGAGGAUACUCACAUGCUGUCACUGACGGUUACAUUGUGUGUGAGGAGCAUGAGGAGGUUCUCCGAGCUGCCUGGGUGGAAGAACAAGAGCUUCAGAAACAAAAAGAGAAAGAGAAAAAAGAAAAGAGGGCGAUCUCCAACUGGACUCUGCUUGUGAAGGGGCUCCUGAUCAGAGAAAGGCUUAAACAGCGUUACAGCAAGAAGAACGAGGACCCCAGGAGCCUCGCUCACACUAAAGACGGUGGAGACGAGAAUGGUUUUUCGUCCGAUGAGGAGGUGGUUGAGGGUGGAGGUCCUGGAGCUAUGACGGCGGCUGAAACUCUAGCCAUGUCCUGGCCCCAAAACAGACAAGCAGAGGAGGACGGAGGGAGCGUCAGCGGACUGAAGAAGCCUAAACGACAGAAGAAAGGGCAAGAGAAACAUUUGUUCCCCUUUGAGAAAGUGUGAUGUCAGAGAUCUAAAAGCUGGCAGAAAUAAUUCUCUAAACUUCUCAAGACAAGAGACCUUUCUAGCGCUCUGUAGCACUUGGGUUUACUUAAAUCAAGAUUAUAUGAUUAUAUCCUCACAUCUACUGAAAUUUACUUUGGAAGAUGUUCACAUCUUGAAAGCACUGUGUGCCUCAGGUGGAACAGAUUUGAAAUAAUUUUUGCAGGUUUGGUCAAACCUGCAACCUUUGAUAUUAACACUAAAAGGAGAAGAAGAAGAGGGAAAGAGAGGAGGACGAAGAAGGAGAUGAAUGAUUUUAGUGAACUGAUCUGCAGAUCGAUCUGUUUUCCUCCACUGUGUGUAUUCUUGUACAUAUUCCCAUAAGCUCAUGUUCUGCAUUAUUAACUCUUUGUAUGAGAGCUUAAUGGAGAUUAAGUAUAUCAAAUCCAGCAGGUGUGUUCAGAACUGUGUUUUCAGGGCGUCUUGGAGAGAACAAACUCAACAUGAAUGUGAGAACAGGGAAGUGUCUUUUACAGUUUCAGAUGUGUGUUUAACAUCGCAUGAAGACACACCUGUUAUCAUUUUACCUGGACAGAUGUGAUACACCCAGCCCUCCUGCAAGUAUUUAAUGGGUGACAGUAUUUCACAUGGCUGGUUGUGACUGAAUCUAAAUGGAAAUGUCUCAUACUGUCAACACACGAUACUCUGCAAACACCUCAAGGCUGUAAAAGAUCAAAGUUUCACAGAAUCUACACUACAUGCUGCUAAUUGAUUAUAAGCUGAUUGAGACUCAACAUCAUUCUUGCUAUCUCAUAUGCCGUCUUCACUCCGUUAACAAGUGGCACACCUGGACCUCGUUACUGGCUGGACUGUACACCAUGAAACCUGACUGCCUGAACAAUGAAACUAGUAUUGUAUCUCCAGGUUGUCACAUUUUCAGCCACGUCUUUAGCUCGGCCACUGUGCAUAUUUGAGUUGAUAUAAUUGCUUCGGGGUUGUAGAUAGUCGUCACGAAUGCUGUACUUCCUCCUUUUCUCUCUUUCCUUGUUGGGCUUCCACAUCCCUGGAGGUUCACUUGUUUUUGUUGUAUUCUGUACCAUUUAUCAUGUUCAGCAACUCUUACUAAUCUCUUUCACACUUUUGGUCACCAUUUCACACUUUGUCUGUAUAUGUGUUAGUAAAAAGCAGAUGAUGGCUGUAUUUAAAAUGGUAAACAGUUUUUGUAUGAAAAGUAUUUUUGUAAGAAAUGUUUGAAUACCAGUAAAAUGCAGAGCAGCCAAAUUGAA